GCUCCGGGCUUGUGAGUCUGUCUGUCUGUGUGUGUGCAUGUGUGUGUGCAUGCAUGUGUGAGUGUGCACUCUGUGUGUUGGUGCACGCGCCCGCGCGCAGGAGGCUCGAGACUGGAGCUUGGAACCUGCUCUCUCUGGGCUGUCCCCGGCCCGGGAAGCCCGGUCCGGUCAGGUCCCCGGCCCUGACACCCGGCCCACUAGCCAGAAGAGGAGGAAGAAAAAGAGGAGAUGCCGGGGCCCAUCCAGCCCGCCUGUGGCUGAGUAGGUGCCCACGCCGCGGGGCCUGCGGGAGCGAUGGGAAUGAGUCGGGGCAGGCUCUGGGCGAACAGCCGCUGCCUCCCGCGCCCGCCCGCCCCCGCCGGACGUGGGCAGCCCCCGGCCUCGGUAAGCGCUACACGGACAGUGAGGCCCGCGGCUGAGCUCGUAGCGGCCGGCCCCUAAGGGGAUCCCCUGCUCCGGCCUCCGGCCCCCGCCUCAGGCCAGCGAUGUUCGCAGGGGAGUGAGCGGGUUGCUGAGUGACUCCAUGGCUCGGGCCCGGGGCGCCCACUGAGCCCGGGCCGCCCCUACCCCCAGCCCAGCCCUCCGCCCGCCGCCGCCAAGAUGGUGAUGUCCCAGGGCACCUACACCUUCCUCACCUGCUUCGCUGGCUUCUGGCUCAUCUGGGGCCUCGUGGUCCUGCUCUGCUGCUUCUGUAGCUUCCUCCGCCGCCGCCUCAAGCGGCGCCACGAGGAGCGGCUGCGGGAGCAGAACCUGCGUGCACUGGAGCUGGAGCCCCUGGAGCCCCUGGAACCCCUGGAGCUAGAGGGCAGCCUGGCCGGGAGCCCCCCCGGACUGGGGCUGGGGCUGGCCCAAGGACUGGCCCCUCAGGCCCGAGUCCGCCUGGAGGCCCCCGGCCAUACCCACGCCCUGCAUCACUCGGCCCCACAACAGCACCAGCCCCAUCCAGCCCACCAUCACCCGCAUCCUCCCCACUCGCAUCCGCACUCUCAUCCGCACCCGCCUCACGUCCUGGUGCCGCCCCGGCCCUGGAGCUACCCGCGCCAAGCCGAAUCGGACCUCUCCAAGCCCCCGUGCUACGAAGAGGCGGUGCUGAUGGCCGAACCGCCACCGCCCUACAGCGAGGUGCUCACCGACACGCGCGGCCUCUACCGCAAGAUCGUGACACCCUUCCUGAGUCGCGACAGCUCCGAAAAGCAAGAGCAGCCGCCCAACUACAAGCCGCUCUUCCUGGACCGGGGCUACUCGUCGGCGCUGCACUUGCCCAGCGCCCCGCGGCCCGGACCGCCCUGCCCCGCCCUCUACCUGCAGACCGAACGCUCCCGCCGCGUCUUCCCCAGCUGGACCGACUCGGAGCUGAGCAACCGCGACCCUCUGGAGCACGGAGCCUGGCGCCUGCCCGUCUCCAUCCCCUUGUUCGGGAGGACUACAGCCGUAUAGAGGGGGUGGCCCGAGCCCCUGCCCCCUGGCCCCACCCCGGGGGCUAAGCGCCCGGACCGGAGCCAUCGCUGCCCAGCUCCCUGCCCUGCCCCACGUCUUCCUCCCUUUUUCCCUCCCCGAGGGCAGGCCGUUCAGACUCCUUUCUUAGGCCUUGGGGGGGUUUUUAAAACGCUUCCCUGGGACUCGGGGCUAUUUCUUACCCUGUUUGUUACAUUUUGAGGAUAAUAAAGGUGUGUGAUCGGCUUUGGUACAA